UGACUCACAACCUGGUGACCCGACGCUGCCAAUUAACCAAUUAAGCGCUCUCAAAAGGCUAUAAGACUGACAGACAAAAGCGCCGGCCUUUUAAUGACAUAUUUUCAUUUGAAAGGGUGUUCGGAUAUCGAGGGAAAAUGAAUAGUGUGCGCAGUGGGAAACCUGCCGGCCGGCUGCAGCUGUUCAACUGCACCUACGCGAACUGUGGAGCCACUUUCACCAGACAGUGGAGACUGAAAGAGCAUGAGACGGUGCACACCGGAGCGCGUCCGUGUCAGUGCACAGUUGCUGGCUGUGGUCGUCGUUUCUCAAGAAAAUCCCACCUGAGCAGCCACAUGCUUCAGCACAAAGGGGUCAAGCAAUUCAAAUGCAAGUUCGCCGGCUGCGCGCAGAGUUUCCUCAACGCACGCAAACUCAAAAGACAUGCGCGCUACAGCCACGGAGACAAAAACAAGUAUUUCAAGUGUAACCAGCCAAACUGCUCCUUGACCUUCAAAAAACGCAGAGUGUUAAAACUGCACUUACAGGAGCAUAAAGUGCCGGCCAACUUCAAGUGUUCGAAGGAUGGAUGUGCUGCCACGUUCGACACCCAUAUCGCCCGCAAAGCCCAUGAGAAGAAGCAUGCAGGCUACCGCUGCCCUCAUGCCAACUGCCAGGUGCUUGUGUACACCUGGGGGAAACUUCAGAAGCACAUGGCCAAACAUCCAGCCACAAUGACAUGCCAAGUCUGUAAAAAGGUCUUCAAGAAAGCAGAUGCCAUGCGGAGGCACAAACGGAUCCAUGCUUCCCAUAAGCCUGUGCUGGUUUGUCCCAGGGAUGACUGCAAGGCCUACUUCUCUACGACCUUUAACCUGCAGCACCACAUCCGAAAGGUGCAUCUCGAGCUCCUCAAACACAAAUGCUCCUUCCCUGACUGCCCACGCAUGUUUGCCAUGCGGGAGAGUAUGACUAGACACCUGCUUCGUCACGAUAGGAGCACCACCGUUCUGAAGCAGAAACGUCAGCGGCCUAAGAAGUCCUGGCAGAACCGUUUAGAUGGACACCAUCUGCCCCUUGUGGAGGGAGACUUGCGUCGCCUCUUUGCCCUGCGCAUGCGGAUCUCCCGACGUGCCAAGGUAGAAACCAACCUCUCAGGCCUCUUCAAUGAGCGCAAGAUCCCUCAUUACGUUGACCCGGAAGUCAACCUGCGCAACCUGUUUGGCAUCAGAAAGCCUCCGGCUUGUGAAGGAGAAGGUUUAAAGGUUUAAAUAAAAAUCCAUCCAGGCUAGAUGUUCAUUUUGACUGUUAAGUUUGAACUUCUGAAAUCUGCGCAGGCUUUAAGUAACACUGUGCUUUUGUUUUGUUGUUUUUUGUUUUGUUUAUUUUUUUUGUUUGUUUUAAUUUUUGAGAAAUUAGGAAAUGUGGGUCUCUUUGGUUGAGGUUUCUUAAUGUAGCUGACAUACAUUAAAAUAUGUGAAUUUCAGAAAAAUUACUUGAAUGUCACCUUGACACACUGAUUAGGAUGGUUGAGCUAUUGAUAAUUUCAAAGACUGAAUUCAAGUUACUGAAGACUAUAUGUCUUAUUUGAAACACUUAUUUUGUAUGAUGACACUUGUGGACCCAAUAAAAAUGAGUUGCAUUCUGAAUCAAG